AUGGGUUUAACAGAUUGCUUGGGAGCAUACACGCGCGAACGUCAGUGUUGUAUCCCUGCCUGUGAAGAGUCUAUAAAACCAUAUGAAGGCCAGGUGUUUGACACUUUGAAUGCUGGAGUAAUGUUUUACAAAAGAUAUGCGGCUGCUGUUGGAUUCCAGGCUCGCAUGAGUACUAUUAUAUAUGCGACAGAUGGGUCAAUUCGUAUACGGUAUGUUUUAUGCAAUAGGGAAGGAGUGUGGGAUAAGGCCGAUGAAGCAGAGUUUGACCCCAAAAAUCCCAAGGCCAAGAAACGGAAGACCACUUCUUGCAGGGCCGAUUGCAAGGCCAGAGCCAUAUUUCAAGUAUCGUCGGGUGGUGUUUAUAAGCUCCGUACUUUCAACGAAGGACAUACACAUCUCAUGGUACCUGCUCACGCCCGUCAUUUGAUGGCCUGCAAUAGGAAAGUUGGUGAAUUCGAGCAAUCCUUGAUAAUUUCUGGUAUCAAAGCGAACAUUGGACCUAUGCGUACUUUCCGUAUUUAUAAGGAAAUCAUGGGUACCUAUGAAGGCAUCGGGUGCACCGGAACUGACUUUAAGAACUAUGUUAGAGAUCUUAAAGUCUAUUCCAAAGAUUCAGAUGCAAAUAUGUUGAUCGAGGCAUUGAAAAACAAGCAGGAGUUAGGUCAUGGAUUUAGGUUUUUCCACGAUGUGGACGAAGAAAAGAGAUUGCGCCGACUGAUUUGGACCGACGAAAUAGCCAUUAGGAAUUAUGAACUUUUUGGCGAUGCAGUAUCAUUCGACGCCACUUAUAACACCAACAGGUACAAAUUGAUUUUUACUCCAUUUACUGGAAAAGACAACCAUGGAAAAUGUGUUACAUUUGGCGGUGCUCUUAUAUCAAACGAAGACAUGGAUUCUUAUUCUUGGGUAUUGGUCAAAUUUGCUGAACUAAUGGGGAGUGCACCACGGCUAAUAAUAACCGACCAAGACCCAGGAUUAAGAAAAGCUAUUGCGUCGUCGUGGAAGGAAACCCGCCACAGGUUUUGUAUGUGGCACAUAACAAUGAAGCUCGCUGAAAAGUUGCCUUCGAGACUGAAUAAGGAUCCAGAAUUCAAGACAAAUUUUGACAACAUUGUCUGGUCAGAGUUCAAUGAACCUGAUGUGUUUGAGGAACAUUGGCAAAACAUGAUCGAUGAAUACGAUCUUGCUGACAACAGAUGGUUUUCCGACAUGUUUGAGGAUCGCAAAUUCUGGGUUCCUGCAUAUUUCAGGGACAUAUCUAUGAGUGGUAUAUUCCGUACGACGUCAUCCUCGGAAAGUGAAAACAGCUAUUUCAAGAGAUUCAUGAACAAGAAUGCCGAUCUUGUUUUGCUGUACACCAAUUACUGCAGUGCACUUGAUUCACAACGAUACACUUACCAGCAGAUAACUCUUGCCGACGAAACUCGUGCUCCGAAGAUGCAAACCAUUCUCCCUAUUGAAUGUCACGCAGCUCAAGUUUACACGAUUUCUAGGUUCAAGCAUGUGCAGGAUGAGAUAAAAGCCGCAAUGAUUAGAUGUGUCAUCCGCAAGAUGUACUCGGAAGAGGAUGACGACAUUUAUGUUGUUGCAGAUAAUGUCGAUGGUGUGUUCACUGUUCGUCACGUGAAGUCACAGGAGUAUAUAUCAUGCAAUUGCAAUCAUUUCAUCACAAAGGGGCAAAUUUGCAAACAUAUGUUUGUUGUUUUAAAGAAUCUGAGCAUGGAUACUAUCCCUGAGAAGUACCUCGUAAAGCGUUGGUGCAAGUUUAGCAUCAUGUGUCCAGGAGAAGCUGAAUUUAUCCAACCUAAUGGUGUCCCUGAAUCUUCGUCAAAGGUGGAAUUUCGUUAUUUCAAGGUUAUUAGUGAGGCCAUUGGAUUCGUGAGAGGCAACUCUGAAUUGUGUGAGCAAUUGUUCUCUAACUUAUGUGAGGUUAAAGACAAGUUUCAAAAGCUUGGAUCCACGGGAAAAUCACAAACCACGAAGGACAGGUUGUUCCUCGAAUUUUAUGGAUCUGCUCCAACAGACACUCCGUCAGUUCUUCCACCUCUUAUAUCUAAGACGAAGGGAAGCGGCGCAGGCGGUCGGAGGAAAUCCGAACAAGAGAAAGCAAUGCUACUUGCUCAAAAGCCUCUUCGACUUUGCAGAAGAUACUUAGAGGUGGCUUUAUCACACUACACACAGAACACCAGUGGUGGAAAGGCUUGUGUUUACAGGCUUUAUGAUUAUCAGUUGGUCCUGAGGUCCUUAAAGAAUCGUAAGGACAUUGAAUGUGAAGAGAUACCUUGGGGUACCUUCAAUGUUGUUCAGAAAUUCUCGCAUUCAUUCAUUGUAGGAAGAUGGAUUCCAUGCAGGCCUGAGCACCUCCAUGAUGAGAAAGUAGAUGGGUUGAUUUCUGAGCUCCCAAUAGCAUUAUUAAAUGCUUUACUACCUUUUCAACUUGAUGGUGUUCGUUUUGGACUGAGGAGGGGUGGUAGGUGCCUCAUUGCAGAUGAAAUGGGUCUUGAGAAGACCCUCCAGGUGUAUGUGUGCGUGUGUGUGUGUGUGUACUGA